AUGUUACAGGCCCAUUUAUACUCUCUUCGCCUAAUUGACUUUCAAAAAUAUGCUGAUGCAACCUUUAUCUUUUCCAAACAAGGAAAUCUAAUCGUUGGUGCCAAUGGAUCGGGUAAAAGUACAGUAGCAGCAGCAAUUGCACUGGCAUUAGGAGGUAAUACUAAAACCAUCGGCAAGAAUACACCCGUCCAUGAACUCAUUAAGUUCGGUUCUUUAAAGAGUAUUCUAGAUCUCACCAUUCACCAUUACACCUCAGAAGACUCAACAGACCCCGUACCUAUUCGUGUUAUCCGUACCAUAACACCCAAUAGUUCUACUUUCAAAAUCAAUGAUCGUAUCGCCACCAAUAAUGAAGUCAAAGAACUUGCCAUUUCACUUGGCAUUAGAAUUGAGAAUUUAGGCCAGUUUUUACCCCAAGACCGAGUCACCGAAUUUGCCCUACUAUCGGCUGAAGAGCAACUAGAACUCACUCUACAAACAUGUGCCCCAGAUCUAUUGAAGAAUAAAAAGACCCUUGAAAGUGCCGAUGACCUCUUACUUGUUCAACAAAAACGGACUAAGUUACAGGUGCACGAGAUAGAGCAGAAAGAAAGACGGUUGCAGUUCUUAGAGGAAGAGUCCCAAAAACUACGCGAAUUACUAGCCCGUAAGGAGAACCUCAAGUACAUUCAGGGUAAACUAGUUUGGACCGAGUAUGCUACGCUUAAGACUGAGUACGAUAAACUGCGCGCCCAGAAAGAAGCUCUGCAAGCCGAGUACACUACAGCCCGGGCCAAGUACGAUAAGGAAGAAUCUAUCUACCACCAAGAUCUAAGUAAACACGACUCUUCCAUGCGCACUCCUCUUGAAGCUCUCAUGAAUGCCGCCCAGUUCUCAACCAUUGCCGCUCAAUUGCGUACACUCGAUCAGAAGACCAGCGAAGUAGAGGAAAGGAUCCAAGCAGUUCUACAAAGAAAAGACUCACUUCUCCAGGAAAAGGCUAAAGUUCGGGCCUGGAUGGAUAAUACCAAAGAAGUCAAACCACCCCAACCUAAAUUCACGACCGAUCAAGUCGCCGAGUUAGAACAACUAGAACAUGAGAUUCGUCACUAUAAAAUCAAAGAUAGUGAGUGGCAAGUCCAAACAGCCGUUAAAGCCACUGAAAUGCGCAAUGUCGAGUUAGCUCUUAAACAAGAACAAGAGAAAGAGAGUCUAGCUAUGGAAAGACUUAAAAGAAUGCAUCUUGAUACCUAUACAGCCGUUACACUUAUCAAACAAGAUAAGCGGCAAUGGAAAGUUGAUUUACCUGCAUUUUUGACCAUGACUAUUACUAAAGAAGAGUUUACUGAUGAAGUAGCUAGUCAAUUAUCACUUCAUGCUCUAACUGCUUUUGUUUGUCAUAACCAAGAAGAAUUCCAUGAGUUCAUUGCUGAGUUCAAAGAACGAAGACAUUUAGCUAUCAAUAUUGUUGAAAAACAACCAGAUACGCAACAAGUCCCCGUUGGUCCUUAUUUAUCUCCAGAGUAUGGUAUGGUUUAUCUUUCUGAAUGUAUAUCAGCACCAGAAGCUAUUGUUGAGUUUUUGAAUAUCUUCUCUAAACUAGCUUGUAUUCCUGUUACUAAGCAGAGUAUUAAUGAGCCAGAAUUCUUCAAAGCCCAUCCUAAACUAUUCCGGGCCAUUGCUAACAAACGAGUUAUUGAAAUCAAAAGAUCUAAGUACACUUCUGAUGCCCCACUAGCUAUCUACCCCAUGCCUAAAGGAAUUGAUGUAACGAACAAAAAGGCCGAUAGUACUCUGAAAGAGAAGUUAGAAGUUCUCCGGGCUGAAAGAGAAACCCGGCGCUUAGAAAGAGAGAAAAUGCACCACCAGAAAGACCAACUUGAAGCUCGACUUAAACUGCUUAAAGAGAUAAAAGAGGCCGAUUUACACCGCCAAGCCACCUAUGAACGCCAAAGAAAUACGCUUGAGUCCUUAAGACAGCGCGAAGCCCAAAUAGAUAGUGAAUUUACUGAUUUUGAAGGACAAGAACAAGUUGAAAAUCAAUACCUUCUUGAUUUCAAAGCCGAAGCCAAACACAUCUGGACCCAACUUACUCCCUUUGACUUCCUACCCGCUUUUGAAUCUUUUGCCGCCUAUGCCAAGCAAACCCAUGCCGAAACUGAAAGGCUACGGGCCCAAUCACUCGCUCUCGCCCAUAGCCAAGAUGUACUUCAUGGUUUACACCAGCAACUCACCCUCUGCCAAUCUUCCUUCACUACUCAUGAAAGAACAACCAAAAGCAAGAUGAAAGAGGCCGAAACCGUACUGAUAGUUAACACUCCCGAGAUAAAAGAAAGACUCAAAGCCCUUCCCAGCGAUCUACCCACUCUCAGACAAAUGCUCGAAGAAGAAAAGGCCCGGAUUGAACUCUCCGUAGCCGAACCCGAUUCCAUCAUGGAGUACGAAAGAUUCAAGGAAGAACUAGCCGCUCUCCAACGCCAACUCGAUCGCACUAAGAAAGAAGAGCAGUAUAGUCUUACUCAGAAAAGAUCACAAGAAUCCCAGCUUAAACAGGAAAUCACCACUAUUAUUGAACAAAUUGACCAAUACGCCCAAGUCCUUUUCCCAUUAGCCGGAGUUCGAGCUUCAAUUGCCCCCGACUUCCCAAGUUCACCACGGCGUUGGCAAUUACAGUUCAAAGUUCAGUUUAGAGCAGAAGAGAAGUUAGAAGUACUUAGUUCAGGCCGGCAAAGUGGUGGAGAGAAGUGUGUUAGUAUUAUUCUUUAUCUCUUGUCCAUGCAAAGACUCACGCCUUCACCUUUUGUCCUAGUUGAUGAAAUUAACCAAGGAAUGGAUGUCCACCAUGAACGAACUAUUCACAGUAUUCUUCUAGGCCGUAAUUCAGCCCGAGAAGGACAAACUAUUGUAAUUACGCCAAAACUUGUCUCUCAAUUAGAAUAUGCAGUACAAACUAAAGUCCAUGUUAUUGUAGAACUACCAGGAGGUUAA